CGGGCGCAGGGGUUGUGGUGGCUGUAGCGGCCUGGGCCGACAGGUUGAUCCCUUUGGCUGCAGCGGCCGAAUCCCGGGGUUGCGCUGCGGCUCUGGCGCCGGAGAGGGAGGGCCCGGCUACCGUCGAUGAAACCAGCCCAGAGAAGCUACAGGAUUUGCCCCAGAUCUCCUACCUAGCAAGCCAGCACCAAAGACUCAGGACAGAGCCCCUGGCCCAGGUUCCUUGCCAGAGAGGAAGAGAAAUCCAUCUGCUAGUGGCUGAAUGUGGCCUGAAGGACAGGCCAUCAGUCCUAGAAUGCCCCUACCUGAGGCCAGUGAACAAGAGGGGGAGAGUAUGAAUGCCAGCCAGGAGCCGUUGUCCCUUGAACUGGUUACGGAUGAGAUCCCAGCAGCCACCAAGGACCCAGAGGAGUUUCCUGAAUAUGUCCUGCUGACAGUCUGCAAUCCGGAUGGGGAUGAAAUGGACACUGAGCCCAAAGAAGUGCACUGUAUCAUGUCCCUGGAGAUGUCUGACCCUGCCACCUUUGCCAGCACUCUGCAGAUCCUGCCAGCUGAGGAGCAGGGGAGCAUAGUCCAGCCAGCUCCCCCAGUGUCUGAGCAGAGAUACAACAAGCUGGACACAGACCCCAAGCCCUUGGAAUUCCUGAGGACCCCAUUUGGGGGACGCCUCCUGGUGCUGGAAUCGUUCCUGUAUAAACAAGAGAAGGCCGUGGGGGAUAAGGUAUACUGGAAGUGCCGACAGCACGCUGAGUUGGGCUGCCGGGGCCGGGCCAUCACCCGGGGCUCAAGGGCCAUCAUGAUGCGGGGCCAUUGCCACCUACCUGAUAAGAAAAGCCUGGAGGCCCGGCGCCGGAAGGAGAAGCUGCCCAACCUGGCUCUACCUGAGGGAGGCCAAGUGGAGGAAUCUCUCGAGGGGGCGGCCCCGUGGCCAUGCCCUGAGGAGCCAGAAACCACUUCGGAGCUGGUGCUGAGCAAGCCAUCCUCAACCCUGGAGGAGAAUAGGAAACGCCAAAUCCUGUCGCUGUUGAGUCUGCCCCCCAAGAAACGCUCAACACUGGGGAUGGGACAAGCCCAGUCCUAUGAGUUCCUGAGGACGUGCUUUGGGGGCAACUUCCUGGUGUACAAGUCAUUCCUCUACAAGCGGGAGAAGGCUGUGGGUGACAAGGUGUACUGGACCUGCCGAGACCAUGUGCUGCAUAGCUGCCGCAGCCGGGCCAUCACCCAGGGACAGCGGGUGACCGUGAUGCGCAGCCACUGCCAUGCACCUGAUAUGGAGGGCCUGGAGGCCCGGCGGCAGCAGGAGAAGGCAAUGGAGACACAGGCCAGGCCAGAUGGCUCCAGGGGCCAAGUGGACAAGCUGCUCCAAGGCGUGGACAGUCUGUUCUACCGCAGGGGGCCGGGCACCCUGACCCUCACAAGGCCCCAACCUAAAAAGCGAGCCAAAGUCAAAGAUGGGGGACUUCCAGCCCAGCCUCAUACCCUGGAAGGAUCGCCCGAGGACCAGGAUGGGGACCCUGGAGGCCCUGAGUUCCUGAGGACACCACUGGGGGGCAGCUUCCUGGUGUAUGAGUCGUUUCUCUACAGGCGGGAGAAGGCCGCAGGGAAGAAGGUGUACUGGACGUGCCGGGACCAGGCCCGAAUGGGUUGCCGCAGCCGGGCCAUCACUCAGGGCCGGCGAGUGACCGUGAUGCGUAGCCACUGCCACCCACCUGACCUGGGGGGCCUGGAGGCCCUGAGGCAGCGGGAGAAACAGGAUAGCCCAACACCACAGGGGAGCCCAGGAGGCCCUGAGUUCCUGAGGACCCCGUUGGGGAGCAGCUUCCUGGUGUACGAGUCGUUCCUCUACAGGCGGGAGAAGGCCACAGGGGAGAAGGUGUACUGGACGUGCCGGGACCAGGCCCGAAUGGGCUGCCGCAGCCGGGCCAUCACCCAGGGCGGGCGGGUGACUGUGAUGCGUGGCCACUGCCACCCACCCGACCUGGGGGGCCUGGAGGCCCUGAGGCAGCGGGAGCAGCUGCCUAACCUGGCCCAGUGGGAAGGAGGCCCAGGAACCCUCCAACCCCUGGAGUUCCUGAGGACGUCCCUCGGGGGCAGGUUUCUGGUGUACGACUCGUUCCUCUACAGGAAGGAGAAGGCCACUGGGGAGAAGGUGUACUGGAUGUGCCGAGACCAGGCUCGGCUGGGCUGCCGCAGCCGGGCUAUCACCCAGGGUCAGCGGGUGAUGGUGAUGCGUAGCCACUGCCACCCACCAGACCUGGUGGGCCUGGAGGCCCUGAGGCAGCGGGAGCAACUGCCCAGCACAGCCCAGGAGGAGGACCCAGGUACAGGGGUAGGGGGCUAGGGUAUGAAAGAGCUAUGACUGUCCUUGUUUUUGCCAUCCAGGCACAGAUACCCUGGCACCCUCCCGAGAGCCAUCAGUCUCUCCACUGGCUCCUUCCUCUUAAACUGGAACCACUCCUAAA